UGCUAACUGCUAAUUGGCUGAGCGCCUUGUCAAAAUAGCUGUCUGUGUUUUCCGCUGGGGUUGGUAUACAAGUAAGUCGAUUUUUGUAACAUAUUUUGAAUGGGGAAAAUUGAAGAGGCUGGUACCGGGUGCAUGAAGGAAUCAAGAAUGGAUGUGGAGAACCUGAGCAAGCCAGAGCUGCUAAUGCUUUUCAGUGUGCUGGAGGGGGAGCUGGAGGCCCGUGAUCUGGUGAUUGAGGCACUGAGGGCCCAGCAGCGGGACGCCAUCGUGCAGGAGCGCUAUGGAAGGUACCGUCUGAGUGACCCCUUCCUGGCCUUGCAGCGUGACACUGAGGCAGGCCGGGGAUUGGUUUCCGGGGCCGGGGCAGCGGCAAACUCCGCCGCCUUCCAGCCCAGCCCUAUGGCCGUGCUCCAGCUAGUCAUGGCCCACUCCAAGAGGAUGCAGCAGAAAUCCAUGGCCCAGUUGGUUGCAGCUGAGAAGCGGCACAGGAAGUGCGGGUCAUGGGCCGGUGCUGCCCCCUUUUGUCCACGGCAGGUCAUUGCUGACCUCGAGGAAGAAAAGCAGCGUCACGCACAGGAUACGGCACAGGGGGAUGACGUCACUUACAUGCUGGAGAAGGAGCGGGAGCGGCUGCUGCAGGAACUGGAUUUUGAGAAGGGACAAGUGAAGCGCCUGGAGAAGGAGCAGAAGAAGCUGAUGUGCCAGCUGGAGGAGGGUCAGACCCAGAACGAGCAGCUGUCUUCUGCCCUGGCUCUUGAGUGCCAGCAGGCCACUGCCCAGGCCCAGGAGGACAGUCAGCGGGUGGCUGAUCUGCAGGCGGAGAUGCAGGCAGAGCGGGAGCAGGUGACACAAGCGCAGGAGCGCUUCCGGCACGAAGAAGGCCGCUGCAGAGAUCUGCAGGCACAGGUAGAAGGACUGCUGAGAGAUCUAGCCAAGAUGGCCGCGAUGCUGCCCGCCAAGGCCACCACCGUCGCAACUACCACCCAGACAGAGCCUGGCGAGAGACCUGCACCCAGGUCACCUGCUCUGCCCAAGAUAAAUGGGCAUCAUCUCACUCAGAGGGAUGCAGAGGGGUCAGUAGAGAAGCCAGCCCAUGAUUAUGGCCAGGAGAACGGGGUUGGACUGCGCUCUCCCAUCCACCCCCAUGCCAGCCUGUCACCAAGCAGCACUGCCUCUUCCUCCCUGACUUCCUCACCCUGCUCUUCUCCGGUCCUGGCCAAGCGUUUAGGUGGGGCCGGUGCCCUCAGCCCUGGCUACCAAUCCUCCUACCAGGCGAGCGUUAACCAGCGAUUUCAGGCUGCUCGUCACAAGUUCCAGGCCCAAGCCGAGCAGGAGCACAGUGCCGGUGGGCCGGCAUCCCCCCACGACCUCUCACCAACUACAGCCGAGCACACGGCCAAGCAGUUAGCACGCCACACCGUCACCCAGGUGUUAUCGCGAUUCACCAGCCAGCAAGGCAGCACUAAGCCACCCACCCCUAACAAUUCCCCCUUUGGCACAGACUACCGCAGCCUGGCCUGCCUCUCUCCAACAGCCAAAUCCUCCAGCCCCCUUUCUCCUGGGAUUAAAUCACCCACCGUUCCUAGGGGGGAGAGGGUGCAUCCUCCCCCAAUUCCCCCAAAGAAACCUGACCUGGCCCAGUCACCAGCCUCCCCUGGCCCCCCUGGCAGAGCCAGCCAUUUCCCGGAGCUGACAGGCAGCUGUUGCCUGACCAGCACUCAGGAGGGCGCCAAAGAGCUGGACCUCGUUGUGUCCUCUACCAGCUAGCCUCAUGCGCCCCCUACUGGCUCUAUCGACAGUUACACAGAUUUAGGAUGCAGAAACACUGGUUUAUUUAACUUUUAUUUUUAACGAUGACUUAAUUGUUGCAUAUCUUAAAAACACAGCAAGUUAUUCUGCUUUACAGAGUGGCAUGCAAAGGUUUUGGCACCAUUGCUUAAAAUGCCUGUUACUGUGAACAGUUAAGUGGGCAGAACAUGAACUGAUCACCCAAUGGCAUAAAGUGAAAGAUAACAUAUUUCUAUAAUAUUUCAAGCAAGGUUACAUUUUCAUUUCCAUCAUUCAUAAGUACAAAAUAACAAAAAAAUGAGAGGGCCUGAAGCAAAGGUUUUGGCACCGACAUGGUCAGUACCCACUUUGGCAGGUAUCACAGCUUGUGAAUGAUUUUUGUAGCCAGCAAAGAGUCUUUCAGUUCUAACUUGGGGGAUUUUCACCCAUUCUUCCUUGCAAAAGGCUUCAAAUUCUGCAAGAUUCUUGGGCCGCCUUGCAUGCACUGCUCUUUUGAGAUCUAUCCAUAGAUUUUCAGUGAUGUUUAGGUUGGGGGACUGUGAGAGAACCUUCAACUUGUGCCUCUUUUGGUAUUUCAUAGUAGAUUUUGAGGUUUGUUUCGGAUCAUUAUCUUGUUGUAGGACACGUCCUCUUUUUAACUUUAACUUUUUUACAGAUGGUGUGAUGUUUGCUGCCAGAAUUUGCUGGUAUUUACUCAAAUCCAUUCUUCCCUCUACCAAUGACAUGUUCCUUGAGCCACUGGCUGCAACACAAGCCCAAAGCACGAUCGAUCCAUCCCCAUGCUUAGUACUUGGACAGUUGUUCUUUCCCUGUAAUUCGACUCCCUUCUCCUCUACACAUAACUUUGCACAUUGUGGCCAGAAAGUUAUAUUCUUACUCAGUCCACAGGACCUGUUUCCAAAGUUUGUUUAUAUGUUCCUUUGCAAACUUCAGAUACCCUGAAUUUUGUGGUUAGGAUGCAGGAAAGGUUUUCUUCUGCUGACUCUACAAUGAAGGUCAUGUUUGUUCAGAUGUCACUGUACAGUAGAACAAUGCAGCACUACUCCAGUAUCUGCUAAAUCUUCAUGGAGGUCUUUUGCAGUCAAAUGGGGCUUUUCAUUUGCCUUUCUAGGAAUCCAACUAGCAGUUCUUUCAGAAAGUUUUCUUGGUCUUCCAUACCUCAACUUGACCUCCACCAUUCCUGCUAACUGCCAUUUCUUAAUAACAUUAUGAACUGAGGAAACAGAUACCUGGAAAUGCUCUGCUAUCUUCUUGUACUGUAGCUGUCUCCUGCUUUUUGAGCAUCAAUUAUUUUAUUUCAUUUUUCGGGGUGAUAGGCAGCUGCUUAGAGGAGCCCAUGGCCUCUGAUUGUUGGGACAAGGUUUAAGGAGUCAGAGAAUUUAUACAGAUUUACAAUUUGCAUCACCUGGGGUUUCCUAAUGAUGACUGUGAACAAGCCAUAGUCCUAACCAGCUAGUGAAGGUCUGGGAACUUUGUAAAUGUUCUUUGAAAGCUCAGAUAUCUUUGGGUGUCCAAAUUUUUGCUUCAAGCCCUUUUCAUUGUUUUGGUAUUUUGUACCUGUGAAAGACUGAAAUAAAAAUGUAAUCUUUAACUUUAUACCUUUUGGAGAUCAGUUCAUCUUGUGCUCACUUACCUAUUCACAGUAACAUACAUUUUAUGUAAGGGUGCCCAAACUUUUGCAUGCCACUGUAUUUGGUGGGAACAGAAGAACAUGAAUCAAUGAGUUGAAACAAUAAGUAUCCAGGCAGCUGAAUGAACAAGUGCUUGCCUGUUUGUCACCUUUAGCAAAGAGACAUGUUUUUGGUCACAUGGGCUUCAUGUUAUAAAGUUUGUUAUAUAAACAGAGGGUGCAACAUAUUGUACUGUUGCCCUCGAAAAUUACCCAGAAGCCAUAAGCUCUGCACCACGGACUAUGUUGUAAGGGUCUGUCCUGUGGACUCCACAGAAGUUGCGUCCUACUGUGGCAUCUGAGUUCAGUCCCCUAUGUGCCCCUUAAGCUAUUUGUGGGUAGGGGGGCUGGAUUUCUGUCCCUCUUGUCAACUUAAAAUGAUGUUAACAUGACUGUAAAUCGUAGGUGUCAUGACUAAACAUCCAUCUGUGUGAACAGAUUACUAAAUCCAGAUAAUCACAGACAGUGACCUCCAUCAGAGUAAAUAAUGAUUAAGCACCAUCCAAACAAACAGCAACUGAUGUAUGUACAGUACUACUGAAGCUAAAUUCCCCUCAAUAUAACAAAUUCUUAUGGGUGUGAACAGGUCCCGUCUCUCUGUCUCUAAGCCAUUGUUAGUACCGCUUCCAGAAGCUUAAAGAGAUUCGAUCGGAUCAGAUUUUUAAAACUUACUGAACAUAAUUUUUUUACUCAUGGAAUUUUGACAAUAUAAGAGUAAACCUCUGUUUGAGUGAAGAGUGCAUUCAUCCUUGUUCUUUCUGACCAUAAUUGCUUAACUGGUUUAAGGUUUUGGCCCUUUUAAAAUCACCACCCCUAGAGUAUGUCCUCUUGCACUUAUAUGCAGCUGUUGUCAGUUUUGAAAUUAAAUGUAUUGGAUGUGCCUGCUUCGAGUGAAUGCUGCAUAUAAGGUAAAAGAAGAGACAAAGUAAUACUCCGACUGCAUUUUUUUGUUUCUUUUGUUCUUCAAUUUAGUAUACAGUUUUGAUGUAAAGGAUGUAUACUGGGUGUCACAAUUACAUGUUGCUGAUGUCAAACCUCACAAACUGCUGCACUUACUAUGGUGUUUAAACUCCAGGCUGUAUUCUGUCAUAUGCACACAAAGGAAAGCUUACAUUCACUUUACAUGGAGGAAACAAUGUGAAAAAUAUAUGUAGGCUAGUCCUUUAUGAGUGUUUGAUAGUGUCCUUGAUUUUGAAAUAUGUAGCUAGAUCCAGCUUCCUAAGAACAGGAUGAAGGAUCUGGAUUUCUGUCUAAUACCAUCCAUGUCCAUUGAUAAUCUACUGAUUGUGAUUAGUCACAUCAUUUUUAAUAAAAGCACAAUGGAUUAAAUAUGGUUAUUAAAAUAGCCACUGGAACUGCUGUUUUUUUGGUAAUUAUUGGUAAUUUGAUAUUAACAUUUUUAUACUUAGAACUUACACUGUUUUUUAUGACUGUAUGUGUAUGAGAUAAUCAGGAAAAUCUGAAUUAUAUAUGGAUCCUUUUUUGUAUCUUGGCAUCAUAAAAGAGCACAUUCCAAAAUACUGUUCAAAUGUAGGGGUUUUUUAUUUCUACAAAGCAUAUAACAUGAAAGUUUGUGUUUCUUACUUUUGUGUUUCUUACUUUUAAUGAGUAUCAUGUGGGAUACAGUGGGUGAUAUACUUUCUGUAUUAAGGCUUUACCUCACUGACACUCCACUAUUCCAGUAUUCUAGGUGAUGUUAACAUUUUAACAUUCCUGGAACCAAAAAAAAUAUACCAGAGUAAAAUAAAGAAAAUCAAUGGAA